AUGCUCCUGUAUGACUUCAGCAUCGAAUACAUAUCCACGGACCAUUUCGGGCACGCGGAUAACCUCUCCCGCCUGAUCAACUCACAUAUCAAGCCGGACGAGGAAUACAUUAUUGCAUCGCUAGAAGUCGAAGAAGUCCUCUGCAAUAUAGUCUGCCAUUCCAUUGAGUAUCUUCCCAUCACGUAUAAGACGAUUGCGGAAGAGACAAACCAGGACCGGACAUUGCAGAAGGUCAUCGAGUUCGUGCAGAAGGGUUGGCCAGGUGAUGCCAAGUCUCUCACCGAAACAGCAGAUGUUAAGCAGUUCUUCGCACGUCGUGAUUCGCUGUAUAUUGCUCACAGAGUUUUGAUGUACAGUGAUCGGAUCGUCGUCCCGAAAAAACUGCAGCAAAAAGUACUUCAACAAUUGCACAGGGGCCAUCCUGGAACCGACCGUAUGCGCUCACUGGCGCGAAAUUUCGUCUAUUGGCCCAACAUUGACGAGCAAAUCACCGUGCUAGUACGUGCCUGCAAGGAGUGUGCCUCAGUUGCAAAAACGGACACCAAGACGAAGCUCGAAUCGUGGCCGAUCCCCGAGAAACCUUGGCAAAGGUUACACGCUGAUUUCGCUGGUCCCAUCGACGACACAUACUUCCUUCUAGUGGUGGAUUCAUACUCCAAAUGGCCGGAAUUCAUCCCAACUAAACGCACCACUACCGCUGCUACACUGUCGAGUCUGCGGAAGAUCUUCGGGAGAUUCGGUAUGACGGAAGUAUUGGUGACCGACAAUGGUCCACAGCUGACUAGCGACACCUUCGAAGGGUUCUGCGAGAAAAAUGGGAUCAUGCAUCUCAAAACAGCACCGUUCCAUCCCCAAAGCAACGGACAGGCGGAGCGCUUCGUUGACACCUUUAAAAGGACGAUUAAGAAAAUUCAGGCCGGAGGGGAAGACCUAGACGAAGCACUCGACACAUUCCUUAUGUGCUACCGUUCGACACCCUGUCGUGCGCCUGGAGGGAAGUCACCUGCCGAAGUCUUACUUGGUCGACCCAUACGCACUUCGUUGGAACUUCUUCGCCCACCAAGCAACUUCACCAAGAUGAACAACAGUAAGCAAGACCGUCAAUUCAACGCGAAGCAUGGGGCGAAGGAGAAGAGCUUCGAGCCAAAAGAAGGUGCACCACGGUAUCAACUGGAGCUGGAUCGCCGGAGAAGUCAAAGGCAACGCUUGAUUCGUUCACACAGCAAUCAACUACGGAAACGAUUUGGCGAAAAUGAAACACCUAACCAAGAUGAGGCAAGUAUACCACUAGAUAUCCUGUUAGAUACGUGGAGUUUAAAACCAUCGGAAGAUCCUACUGCUACCGGGGCUGAACUCUGGACAGAACCACCACCACCGGCACCGGAAGGCUUGGGCGAACUGCAACAAGAGUUCCUGUCUGAAAUUGUCGAACCAAUCCAUUCGGCACCAGAAAGUUUAAACACCCCGCAGCGAGACUUCCUGACCGAGCUUUUCGAAUCGUCGAACCGGCAACGUCGUGCCCGAGUUCCACCGCCUCGGGUACCUGAUUUCGAGGAACCACUCCUACGACGCUCUUCGAGACAACGACUUACACCGGUACGCUAUGAGCCAUACCAGCUCUACUAA